AUGACGCACCUGGAGAAGAUGGUGAAACUCACCAAGAUAAUUGAUGUCGCCUUUGAGAACGGCACGCUUACUCAUCUAGUUCGAUACAGCCAAGCAAUGAAAGUGCCCUAUCUUAGGGCAGUCAUCCAGGAGUCACUUCGGCUGUUUCCGCCCUUUGUUGUGCAGAUACCACGUUAUGCGCCAGCUGCAGGUUUGCAGGUGGGCAUGAAUGCCAUGUUCACACAGUACGAUAAGAGCGUUUUUGACGAAGACGCGUACGAGUUCCAGCCUGAGCGGUGA